CGCAUCACAGCUUACUCUUUCUUCAUUUCUCCCAGUAAUAAAAAGCAAAAACCCAGAAAAAGAAAGUCAUAAGAUAGUCGCUUCACAGCUUUGAUCUGAUAAAAAAAAAGAUCAAAACUUUCAUCCAACUCCAACCUAAAAGAUAAAAUCUCUCCGCAAUUUUCUUUCUUCCUCGUUGGCUCCGUUAAACCCUAAAAUUGGAAUCUCUCAUCCUGCACGCUAACACCUGCCCCCACUCUUCUUAUCCUUUUGGUUUUCUUCAGACAUUAAAGCUUGGAGCUUGGUGAACUUCUGAUUCUUAAAAGGUGAGAGCUUGCUUGGUUUCGUUGGAGGAAGUGAUCACGCCCUGAAGGUGUUUGAUAAAAUGGCUCAGUCAGUUGGUCCAAGGCUAUAUAGUUGCUGUAACUGCAGGAACCAUGUGGGACUUCACGAUGAUAUCAUCUCUAAGGCUUUUCAGGGAAGAACAGGGAGAGCCUUCCUCUUCUCCCACGCAAUGAACAUUGUGGUUGGUCCUAAAGAAGACCGGCAUCUUUUAACGGGUCUCCACACCGUGGCUGAUAUAUCUUGUGCUGACUGCAAUGAACCCUUGGGCUGGAAGUACGAGCGAGCCUACGAGACCUCACAAAAGUACAAGGAAGGCAAGUUCAUAUUCGAAAAGGCUAAGAUUGUCAAGGAAGAAGAUUGGUAGUGAAAAAAACAUGUUUGAAUUCAUUAUUGGAUUGACUCAAAACUGUACAUAGAUAAGAAUCUGGCUAUGUCGAUUCCAGUCUUUAUGGAUUUCACAAGUCAUCAUCAUCAUCAUCCAUAUUUCGGUUCAUUGUCUCUCUGCAUGUUGUUAUAUCUCUUGUGUUUAAGUGAAUAUGUAUAUAUGUAUACCUUAAUGACUAUGGAUGUGUUCUAUGGAUACCUUAAUGACUAUGGAUGUGUUCU